AUGAAUACCACACUGAACCAUGUCCGCGAUGUCUGGGAUGUGCAGCGCGCCAACAGCCCCAUCUACGCCCUCCUGCUAGACAAUAUCACAAUCACCGAGGCCUCGCCGGGGACCAUCCACGCUACUUUGCGCAUAACCGAGAACCACACCAACUCCAAGGGGGGUCUACAUGGAACGCUAUCUGCAUGUCUCGUCGAUUGGGCGGCGGGCAUGGCCAUCGUGUCGCAUGGCACCAGUUAUACUGGCGUGAGCACUGAUUUACAUGUUUCGUAUCUCUCGUCGGCGACCAAGGGGGAGGUUCUGGAAAUUACAGGGCGGGCGCUGAAAGUUGGAGGAACGCUGGCGUUCGUGUCGGUGGAGAUUGAGAAGGUGAAGGAAAACGGGGACCGUGUGAUGGUUGCGACGGGGUCGCAUACCAAAUAUGUACGCAAGAGGGACUGA